CUUCGACCCAGUCACCUUUGCGAUCAGCGGUCUCAAAGAAAGGUACGCAGGACACAAAACAAGCACAAAAAGCAAUACAAGCAAGCGAGGACAAGACCAAUCGACACACACCAAAGUCGCACGUUGGAGCUGACGGCUGUGGUGGUGAACACAGAGAGGGGCAUUGGAAGGACAAGGAAGGGACCGCAGCGCUGCCAGUGGAGAAGCCGGAACCGUCCCACACAGCACCAUGAGCAGCACGUUGCCGUAUUCGUGGGAGGUGAUGAUUGGCGUGCAUGGGUCGAACGAAUGGAGCCGAUACGAUGAGGAGACGCAGGAGGAUCUGGAGGCGGCGUUUCGCCGGCAUUUGGCAAACCCGGGAAACCCGGCGCACCUGGACCUUCUCCUGUGCAAAGGUAUAUACUCGGACAAGCCGCCCACGUACAAGGUGAACUUCAGCGCGUUUACCCAGCAGAACAUACACACGGGUUACGUCCGUGCUAUUCGGAGGCGGCCCGUCCCUGCGGCCUCCACGCUCGUCUCCCUGUACUUUAUCGAUAGGAACCAGAUGCUGGAGUACGUUGGCCCGGAGAACUCUGCCGCGAUUCAACUCACGGGGGCGCCCAGUGUGUGGCUUAAUUUUGGGCCGUAUGGAUACACCCCCGGUCGCUACAUGGUGUACUGCGACAACAUGACUGUCCUCGACACAAACACAUACCAAAUCCUGAAGCUCACGACAAACGGACAAGACACGUGCAGCAACUUGCACAUCCCUGUUCAGCCUUCGACGGUGGACGCGCCAUCCUCAUCCACCUCGACAGCACCAGCACCACACGCACAACACGCACCAGCACCAAACACAUCAGCGCCAGCACAGCCAUCGUUCUCACACACUGAUGGGGUCGUGCCAUCCUCAUCGACCCCCUCAUCGUCGUCCUCGUCGUCGUCGUCGCUGGCGUCGAGUGCGCCCAAGAAGAGCAAAGUCAAGAAGCAUGGCAAGACCAAGGCGAGCGCGUCCGCCCCAAAGCCCGGCAGCAGCAACAACAACACCGGUACUGGCACCAGCAAUGGCGAGGCAGGGAGCUCCUCCAAGCCUGUGACCUACGACCCGUCGACCAUGGACGUGGCCGGUGAUCCGGAAGAGCACCGCGUUGCGUUUCCCGUGCAGACGCGCGCGCUGCGACGGGACACGCACGGCGGGGCGUUUGACGCGUCCCUGACACCGCUGCAGAAGCUGGCUGCCCUGCACGUGGCUGUGGAGCCCGUGACGGCGAGCGACGACCGGUGUCCCGUGUGCAUGGCGUCGCUGGUGCCGGGAGGGUGCGGUGACACUACUGAUGAAGAUGACGAUGACGAGUUUGGUGAUCCCAUUCGCCUUCCCUGCAAGCACAUGUUCCAUGACGGCUGCAUUGCCAUGUGCAUCAAGGGCCGCUCGUUUAAGUGCCCCGUCUGCCCGACCACAUACGGCGAGCCCCCAAUGGGCGACAUGCCAGACGGCCAGAUGUUUGCGUUUCUGCGCCCGCAGUCCCUCCCGGGCUUCCCGGACACAGAGACCAUCGAGAUUGCAUACAGCAUCCCGCACGGCACACAGGAGGACCACCACCCGGAGCCUGGCCGCCGCUUUGCCGGCACCUCCCGCGUCGCCUAUCUUCCAAACACGCCAAAGGGCCGCAAGGUCUUCAAGCUCCUCAAGCGGGCGUUUGAGUACCGCCACACGUUCACCGUCAACCACUCCAUCACCCUUGGCCCGCACGCCGGCAUGCGCGUCGUCUGGGCUGGGAUCCACCACAAGACGGACUUCACAGGGACGUUUGGGUACCCGGACGAGACGUAUCUUGACCGCGUACAGCAGGAGCUCAAGGACUUUGGCAUCACCCUCUGAACUCAGAGUACACACAUACAUUCACAUACACAUUCACAUACAUACACAUACACAUUCACAUACAUACA